CGUCUAGAGCUAAGGAUAAACUGCCACACUGACCAGGCCUCUGGGUUGACCUUUGGCGAGGGACCUGCCAGGGGCACCUACACCAGGACACAAACCCGAGGGUGGAAUUACAACGAGGGCCACACCCAACCAGAUAACCCUCCUCCAGCCUGGAGAACCUGAAUUCUGUCCAUGUGAACUCAUAUCUAGCCUCCCCUGUCCAACUGGAAUGCACACCCAGACAGCUUCCAAAGAUUAGAACUCAUCCAAGGCCUGGUCUGGCCCAGUUCACACUCUCAGAGUCCCAUCCAACAAGAAUCCAUCCCCAAAUCUAAACUCACGGACUAGGUUUGGUGUGUUCAUUAUUGUAGUGUCACCAAACACGAGUUCGUGUGUCUGACGCACAGCACAAGCCCAUAAUUACGGGUGGAUCAGUGAGACCCAAACCCUUUCCGGCAGGAAUCUGGCAACAAAGCCCAGCAGUGAGCUGAGCACGGAGCAGUAAAUGCUGACUUGAGGGUCCUCGAGCGGGAAGCACGUUAGAGACCGUGAUGCAGCAGCCGGCUCCCUUUCAGAGGCGAACAGAGAGAUAUACUCGACCCGCCUCUCGCCACCACCCAGACAACCUGGCAGCGUAGGGCUCCAACAGGGCUGGGAAUUGCAUUUACACUCACACCUGCAUGCACUUCGACUCUGCCCCGUCCAAAGUCAAAGUCGCCCCAGAACCAAAAUGGUCGGCUUCCAGGAGGCCCUUGUCCUGUGCCACCCCGGAGGAAGCUGUGCUGGGAAGACUGAGGGGCCCGCGGAAGAAGGUUCGGCGGGCUUUAGCACCCCGGCACUCAGGAACUACCAUGCCCGAGAUGCCUUGUGACGUACGCCAACUUUUCUCGCCGCCAGCUCGCGGGAGGGGCAGUCUCUUGCGUCAUCGGCGCGCGAGACCGCAGUCGCGGAAUGAUGACGUAAGGCCCGGGCCGGUCAGUCAGUCAGAGCGCUGCUAGGUAAGCACCUGGGAGCCCGCGGGGCCGGUGCGGGCAUGGCGGCGGUGUUUGACCUGGACCUGGAGACGGAGGAAGGCAGCGAGGGCGAGGGCGAGCCAGAGUUCAGCCCCGCGGCCCCCAGCCCUUCCCCUGCGUCUCCCUUUCCUGCCCUCGCCUCUCCUCCGCAGUCCUGGCCCAUCGCCUGCCAGCUCCCAUUCGUCACCCUUUCCACGCCUGGGCCAAGCAGUCCAGCUUGGGGGGAGGGAGCCUGGCACCUCCCUUGGCUCUUACCCCUCGGUUUCUCACAGGACGUGUGUCCCCUUGCCGAGUUGAGGGCGGCUGGCCUGGAGCCUGUGGGGCACUAUGAAGAGGUGGAGCUGACUGAGAGCAGUGUGAACCCGGGCCCUGAGCGCAUCGGGCCCCACUGCUUCGAGCUGCUGCGCGUGCUGGGCAAGGGGAACUAUGGCAAGGUGUUCCAGGUGCGAAAGGUGCAGGGCACCAAUGUGGGCAGAAUAUAUGCCAUGAAAGUCCUGAGGAAGGCCAAAAUUGUGCGCAACGCCAAGGACACGGCACACACGCGGGCUGAGCGGAACAUUCUAGAGUCAGUGAAGCACCCCUUCAUUGUGGAACUGGCCUAUGCCUUCCAGACUGGUGGCAAACUCUACCUCAUCCUGGAGUGCCUCAGUGGCGGCGAGCUCUUCACACAUCUGGAGCGAGAGGGCAUCUUCCUGGAAGACACGGCCUGUUUCUACCUGUCAGAGAUCACACUGGCCCUGGGCCAUCUCCACUCCCAAGGCAUCAUCUACCGGGAUCUCAAACCUGAGAACAUCAUGCUCAACAGCCAGGGUCACAUCAAACUGACGGACUUCGGCCUCUGCAAGGAGUCGAUUCACGAGGGUGCCGUCACCCACACCUUCUGCGGCACCAUCGAGUACAUGGCCCCUGAGAUUCUGGUGCGCAGUGGCCACAACCGGGCGGUGGACUGGUGGAGCUUGGGGGCCCUGAUGUACGACAUGCUCACUGGAUCGCCACCCUUCACUGCAGAGAACCGGAAGAAAACCAUGGAUAAGAUCAUCAGAGGGAAGCUGGAGCUGCCCGCCUACCUCACCCCAGAUGCCCGGGACCUCGUCAAAAAGUUUCUGAAGCGGAAUCCCAGCCAACGUAUCGGGGGUGGCCCUGGGGACGCCGCUGAUGUGCAGAGGCACCCCUUCUUCCGGCACGUUAAUUGGGAUGACCUCCUGGCCCGCCGAGUGGACCCCCCUUUCCGGCCGUCCCUGCAGUCGGAGGAGGACGUGAGCCAGUUUGACUCCCACUUCACGAGGCAGACGCCGGUGGACAGUCCAGACGACACGGCCCUCAGUGAGAGCGCCAACCAGGCCUUCCUGGGCUUCACGUACGUGGCGCCCUCCGUCCUGGACAGCAUCAAGGAGGGCUUCUCCCUCCAGCCCAAGCUGCGCUCCCCCAGGCGCCUCAACGGCAGCCCCUGGACCCCCAUCAGCCCCCUGAAGUUCUCGCCCUUUGAGGGAUUCCGGCCCAGCCCCGGCCCACCCGAGCCCCUGGAGCCCACUCUACCCCCUCUCUUGCUGCCGCCGCCGCCACUACCGCCGCCCUCGAGCACUGCCCCCCUCCCCAUCCGACCCCCUUCAGGGACCAAGAAGUCCAAGAAAGGCCGUGGGCGCCCCGGGCGCUAAGAGAGUGGGUAGAGAUGAGGGCAGUGGGACCCCGGGCCAGUUCCAGAGACCUGGGGCUGUGCCGAGGGGUACAGGAGCGAGUGUGCGUGAGUGUCUCUGCUGGGGGUGGCCGUGCCCCUGAAUCAUGAACACGAAGGACUGCAGACAACGGCUGCCAGUCGAGGGGGGCUGCCCCCCGGCCUCCCGCAGUUGAGCUGUGCCCUUGGAUUAUUAAAGUGUUCAAUCAUGGCA